AUGCAUCGACCUGCCGCCAAGGAGAUCGAACCACAAAGUGAAGAGCAUCAUGUCCAGUCGAGGCUUUUGACCAAAAAGCAAUUAUCCGACAUGGCUUUCAACAUACGAGAGCUGAGCAAGAAGCUGGGAAGAAUCAAAUUGCUGGUCAAAGUCCGAAACGUCUUUCUCCUUACCAAAGCUCACGAUCAGAAGCUCGUCAAGCUGACGCGAGAUGUGACCGAGUGGCUGUUGAAGCAGCAGAACUCGGACGGCAAGAGCUACGUGGUCUGGGUAGAGCAUACCAUGAAGGAUAACAAGGCAUUCGACGUGGACGGAUUGUUAGCCCAGGACCCUUCAUACAAGGACCGCCUGAAGUACUGGACCAAUGAACUAUGCGCAAAGAAGCCGCAGACAUUCGAGAUCUGUCUCGCACUUGGCGGCGAUGGUACGGUUCUGUACGCUUCGUGGCUAUUUCAGAGGAUUGUGCCGCCUGUGAUGUCUUUCGCACUUGGCUCAUUGGGUUUUCUCACCAAGUUUGACUUUGACAACUAUCCACACAUCCUGACGAGGGCCUUUGAUAAGGGCGUUACUGUUUCAUUGCGCUUGCGGUUCGAAGCAACAAUCAUGAAAAGUAAGCGGAAAGCUCAGGAGGAUGAACAGUACUCGCGCGACCUCGUUGACGAAUUGAUCGGCGACGGCAGCGAUGAUCCUUCCACUCACGCUCCGGAUGGCACUCAUAACAUUCUUAACGAUAUAGUGAUUGAUCGAGGUCCCAAUCCGACUAUGAGCAGUAUCGAAGUCUUUGGUGAUGAGGAGCAUUUCACGACGGUCCAAGCAGAUGGCAUCUGUGUCGCCACUCCGACAGGAUCAACAGCAUACAACCUAGCUGCUGGAGGCAGUCUCUGCCACCCCGACAAUCCAGUAAUUCUCGUUACAGCGAUCGCACCUCACACGCUCUCGUUCCGACCUAUCAUCCUUCCGGACACGAUUGUCUUGCGCAUUGGCGUGCCUUACGAUGCAAGGGCAAGCUGUUGGGCUAGCUUCGAUGGAAAGGAAAGAUCUGAGCUGAAGCCUGGUGACUAUGUCACAAUAUCAGCAAGUCGCUUUCCGUUCCCUUCUGUGCUUCCCUUGGAUACUUCGCGGGAGGAUUGGGUAGAUAGCAUUUCACGGACGCUUAAUUGGAACAACAGACAACGGCAGAAAGCAUUUGACGAAGGACACAACGUCACAGGUGACCCAAGCAAAUAG